AUGCUUAUCAACGCAUCCGACGCACAGUGUCUAAAUCUGCCCCACUACUGUAGACAACGCAGUCCCAACUCUCCCUUACAGCAGACCACCUAUCUUCGGCCGUCAGGACUCCUUGCAAUUGACCUUCUUGUAACGACAUCGCUCCCGACCAGUCAUUAUUGGGGCUUCUUCAAAAUUCACAGGCUCUAUACUUCCCAUGCUGAGGUUGCUGAGAAUCAAUUGAGUGCUUAUGACCAAGGUGUGCAGGUGUACCUCCCAUUGCAGACCACCACGACAAGAUGUACAUCCAACUCCUUGACUUAG